UUUCCCUCAUGUUAUGUCCGUAGCAAGCUCUACAUCUCGCACUUCCUCUCAACAUGGAAUUCUCGCCUAUUUGAAUUUGGCGCUGUCCUAUUCAUCUCUACUAUAUUUCCUGGCACCUUGUUCCCUGCUUCUAUCUAUGCCUUGAUCCGCUCUGCCUCUGUCGUCGUCUUCUCGACUUUGAUCGGUCGUCUGAUUGACCGCUCUGAACGUAUGCAUUUGAUCCGUCUGUCAAUCACAACGGCAGCAUCAUGCAUCUUGCUCUGGCUCUUGUUGUACUUUAGAUACACCUCUCUGCGUCCCUGGUCUGCAAAAGCUGCAUUGGCACUUCUCUCCCUUCUUGCUUGCGUCGAGAAGCUUUCGUCCGUAGUCAACACCAUAUCCGUCGAACGUGACUGGGUUGUUGUCAUUUCGCAGGGGAACACUAACGACCUACAAGAACUAAAUUCUCAGAUGCGUCGAAUUGACCUCUUCUGCAAACUCGUCGGGCCCCUGAGCAUUGCAUUAGUUGCUGGGUUUUCCACCAGCAUAGCCAUCAUCAUCACCUUAUCUAUGACUAUCAUCUCUGUCUUUGUCGAAUACUACGCUAUCGCCAGAGUAUACCACGAAGUAGACGACCUUCAAAUACGUCCCACACCCUCAGAAGACUCGCAGUCGACAGACAGCCCAUCAACCUCUCUAGAUGCCAGUCGCCGUGCCCGUCAAACCUUCCGAAGCUGCAUCUCCUAUAUCCAGCAUCCAGCCUUCCUCCCGUCCUUCUCCUUGUCGCUACUCUAUCUCACCGUCUUGACCUUUGGAGGCCAGAUGGUAACAUACCUCCUUUCAGUUGGCUUCAGCUCCAUCUCCAUCGGUCUCCUACGCACCGUAUCCACUAUAUUCGAGCUUUCUUCCACAUGGCUUGCACCCAAAGCUAUGCAUAAGAUCGGCGCCAUCCGAUGUGGAAUAUGGUUUCUCAAUUGGCAGAUUGUAUGGGUUGUGAUUGCAGUCACUAUGCUUUGGAUCGAGGUACCUCAAGAGUAUGCUGUUGUGGGUUUGCUUGCAGGUACCAUUGCGAGUCGAGUUGGACUGUGGGGCUUUGAUUUGUCUGCACAAGUUAUCGUUCAGGAGGCUGUUGAGUCGGACCAGCGAGGUUCCUUUUCUGCCAUGGAAGCGUCCGUGCAAAACACAUUUGAGCUAUUGUCCUUCGCCUCGACUGCUAUUUUCGCUCAACCUGAUCAGUUCAGAGUUCCGGCUGCGAUUAGCGUUGCAGCUGUUAUGCUUGCUGGGUUGAUGUAUGCUUCAUUCGUUCGCCAGCGGAGAGGCCAUCUGUUCCAUGCUUCAAAGUGUAUGAAGCGAAAAGCUCGCUCUACAUGGCAAUCUCUUGCUCAAGAUGAAGACAUCGAGUUGAGUUGA